UUUCAGUUCUGCUCAAAACUUUGUGGACUAACGAUGUAUUGAUGGGAAAAAUCCUGAAAAAAAAAAAAAAAAAAGAUUAAAUACGAACUGAUUAAAAAUCGUCGUUAAAUAAUAUCAAAACGAGAUAAAAACACACAAAAAAAAAAUUAUUAUCACAUUUGAACCUGAACUACAUUUUUUUUGGCAACAGACCAGUUUUGUAUUUCCUAUGUUGCAGUAGUCGUAUUAUUAUUAAAAAUCAAUACAUUUUUUUACGAAUAUUCAGUGAACCACAAAAAUAAAUUGCACAGAAGAAGACGAUAAUUUGUAACAUUCGAUAAAUCAGCAAAAAAUAAAAUAGAAAUAAAAAAUUGCAAGAAGUGAAAAAAAAAAUAAAAAAAAAUGCCGAGCAACACCCAUUAUAGACGUUCAUUGCCACAGCACGUGUUCGCUGCCAUGGAAAAGGAACUUCAUGAGCGUGAUCGCGUUGGAUUGCAAGAUCAGGUCUUGUUGGAAAACUUUCAAGAUGACAAAGAUUUUAUCGAAAAUUUGAGGAAAAGAUUUCAAGAAAAUCUUAUCUAUACAUACAUCGGUCAAGUACUGAUCUCCGUUAAUCCAUACAAAGAACUUCCCAUUUACACGGAAGAAGAGGAGAAAAAUUACCGCAACAAACAUUUAUUCGAAGCGCCUCCGCACGUCUUUUCCAUCAGCGAAAAUGCAUUUAAAUCCUUGAUUGAAGAGCAUCGCGGGCAAUGCAUCUUAAUUUCCGGCGAAUCAGGUUCAGGAAAAACGGAAGCUUCGAAGAAAGUUCUUCAAUACAUCGCAGCAGCUUCGGGGCAUGUAAAUUGCGUCGACAGUGUCAAAGACAAACUUUUGCAAAGUAAUCCAGUAUUAGAAGCAUUUGGUAAUGCAAAAACCAAUCGUAACGACAAUUCUUCACGUUUCGGCAAAUACAUGGAUGUUCAAUUCAAUUAUUUGGGCGUUCCUGAAAGCGGAAACAUUUUAAAUUACCUUUUGGAGAAAAGUCGUGUGAUACAUCAGUCGAGCGGCGAACGGAAUUUCCAUAUUUUUUAUCAACUACUUGCUGGAGCGGAUGAUGAAUUGUUGAAAGAAUUGAAUUUGAAGCGAAAUUUGGAUAUGUAUUACUACUUGAGUGAUGGGGAAAAAGGAAACGUAAGUCGCAUAAAUGAUCGUGAAAACUUCCAUACCAUCAAAAAAGCCAUGUCAGUCAUUGAAAUAACAGCUGAGGAGCAAAAAGCCAUCUUUGAAAUCGUCGCAAGUGUCUUGCACAUGGGCAAUGUUGGUUUUACCGAAGAAGAAGGCCAAGCUAAAAUCCUUAAACCUGAAGCUGUUGCUGCUAUUAUUAAAUUACUUGGCGCCGACGAACAAAAAGUCAAAAAUGCCUUCACAAAUCGCACGAUCGAAGCUCGCGGAGAUCAAGUAACGUCUCCGUUAUCUCGCGAAAUGGCUAUUUACGCACGUGAUGCUCUUGCCAAGGCAAUUUAUGAUCGCUUAUUCACGUGGUUGGUUUCACGUUUGAACAAAUCCCUUCACGUGAAUCGCCCAACUUCAGCUAAAAACGCAGUAAUGGGAAUUUUGGACAUUUACGGCUUCGAAAUCUUCAAAAAGAACAGUUUCGAACAAUUUUGCAUCAAUUUCUGCAACGAAAAAUUACAACAGCUGUUCAUCGAGUUGACGCUACGUUCGGAACAGGAGGAAUACGAACGCGAAGGCAUCGAAUGGGAAAAUAUCGAAUAUUUCGAUAACAAAGUAAUUUGCAACUUAAUUGAGGAAAAGCAUCGUGGCAUCAUUGCUUUGCUCGAUGAGGAGUGUUUACGUCCUGGCGAACCCACAGAUCUCAGUUUUUUGAACAAAAUGAACAAACAUCUCGGGGAUCACGCGCAUUACAUUUGUCACGAACUUGCUUCAACUAAAUUACAAAAAACGAUGAAUCGCGAGGAAUUCCGUUUAGUUCAUUACGCCGGCGAUGUAACUUACAGCGUGACAGGAUUUUUAGACAAAAACAACGAUUUACUGUUCCGCGACUUGAAAGAAGCGAUGGUUUAUUCAACGAACAGCGUCAUUAAAGAGUGUUUCAGCGAAAAGGAGUUGCUUAUUAAGAAACGUCCUGAAACGGCAGUAACUCAGUUCAAAAAUUCCCUUAAUAAGUUGAUGGAAAUUUUAAUGUGCAAAGAGCCAUCGUACAUUCGUUGCAUCAAACCCAAUGAUUUGCAAUUGCCGGGACAGUUUGAUGAGGAGCUCGUACGUCAUCAAGUCAAAUAUUUGGGUCUCAUGGAGAAUUUGCGUGUAAAACGUGCUGGAUUCGCGUAUCGUCGUACUUACGAGAUGUUUUUGCAACGUUACAAGUCGCUGAGUGAACAAACAUGGCCCAAUUAUCACGGAGCGGCGAAGGAUGGGGUUCAAAUAAUUUGCAACGAGUUGGGAUACGAUCCCAAAGACUAUCGCAUGGGAAAAACUAAGAUUUUUAUUCGUCAACCGAAGAUGUUGUUCGAAACGGAGGAUGCGUAUCAAGCACAAAAACAUUUCAUCGCUUCAAUUAUUCAGUCGAAAUGGAAGGGAAUUUUGCAGCGGCGUAAAUAUUUGAAAUUACGAGAGACGACGAUUCAAUUACAAUCGUAUAUUCGUCGAAAUUUGGCACAACAACGUUUGGAACGUCGUCGAGAAGCUGUCAAAAAUAUCAGAUUCUUCAUUAAAGGGUUCAUUACGCGAAAUGAUCCGCCAAAUGAGUGUAACUUGAAGUUCAUUGAACAAACAAAGCGGUUAUGGUUGCAAAGAUUGGCGAAACAACUUCCAACGAGCUUCAUGAAUCAUCAAUGGCCCGCGAGUCCCGUUCAUUGUCAAGAGGCGUCGAAACAUUUGGAACACAUGCACAAACUUCAUCUGGCUCGCGUGUACCGCAAAGCUCUCAGUGACGAACGAAAACGACAAUUAGAGUUAAAAGUCUUGGCUGAAAAUGCCUUUAAAGACAAAAAACGAAAUUAUCCCGAUAGUGUUGGUCCGUGGUUCAUCGACGAACGUUGCGCUAAAGAAAAUAUGACACAAAUCACGAAUUUCGUGCAGAUGCAGUUUGGUCAAGAAAGGCUUCGUUAUUGUACGCCUGUUGUGAAAUUCGAUCGUCAUGGCUACAAACCUCGCAAACGUUUCUUCCUCCUGAGCACAAGGGCCGUUUAUUUGCUCGACGAUAAAUACAAGAUGAAACAUCGUCUCCCGCUGAACAAAAUUGACUUUGCCGUCACAAAUGCCAAGGAUAACCUCAUGCUGAUUCGCAUUCCGCUUGACUUGAAACAAGAUAAGGGCGAUUUGAUAUUGCAAGUCCCCGAAAUCAUCGAGUGUUGCAUCUGGAUCAUUGAUACGGUUGGCAGACAAGAUACCGUUCAGAUACUCGACACCGAUACACUUAAUCAUCAUUUGGUUGGCGGCAAAGAAGGCGUCAUCGAAGUGAAAACGGGCAACGAACCAGCUAUUGUUAAAGACAAGAGUGGGCAUUUGAUUGUCAUUGCUGCACAAUAGAAGAAAAAAAAAUAAAACAACGAACAAAAAGUGCCAUGAUUGCCUUCCUAUCGCAACAACGAUGAUUUUAUUGACGCAAAUAAA